CUUUAUUAGCCUGGAAACCAGAUAUGUGAACUGAGAAAAUCUUCAAAGCAAUAGAAAUUGAUGGAUUUCUUGUAUAAUGAAGAGUAAACUUUCAAACAGACGAAUGUAAAAACAGUUUUAUUGUUUACAAUCAAAAGUUUUUAGAAAAUGGUGAAAUACUCUGAUCAAAACCGCCAUGGGAAUAUAAUUUCCAAAAUCAACAGAGCACGACAUGAAGGACUUUAUUGUGACAUCACCUUGACCUCUGGAAACACAUCUUUAAGGGCUCACAAACUUAUCUUGACCUCAGUGUCAGACUAUUUCACAAGCUUGUUCAAAUAUUCUGAUGAUGUUUGUCAGACUUGUAAAUUAGAUCCUAAUGUUGUCACAGAAGAAUGUCUAGAAGCCAUUGUGGAGUACGCAUACACUGGAGAUGUUGAAAUCACCGAUGAUAAUGUCCAGGAUUUGCUAGUAGCAUCUAAUUUUCUUCAGAUUCUUUUUAUUAGUAUUAAAUGCGAAGAGUAUAUUUCAGAACACUUAACAUCUGAAAAUGUUGUCUGCCUAUUGUCUUUUUCAAUACAACAUAAUUUGCCGAAGUUGUUUUCAAGUGUGUGCCACUAUGUUUCAGAGAAUUUUCUUAGUUUCACUUUACGAGACAAUGUUUUGCUGAGCAUCCCUUACGAUGACUUGUUACACUUAUUGAAAUGUGUGGAUUUGACUGUUUUGGAGUGUGGCAUACCAGCUGAGAAACCAGAGGUUCAUAUUUUGAAUUUGAUAAGAUUGUACUCUGAAUUUUGCGAAUUACAACCAGAAGAGGUAAAAACUUUACUUCAGGUGGUGAAUUUUUCAGAAAUCACUCAAUUCGAUGCAUUUGACAUGUUUGAAUUAUGGAAGAAGAAAAUUAAUGGAGUUGAUGUGCAAACUGUAGUUGAACAGUUUCUUGUUAGAAAUUAUUUGAGCGGAGAGUUUAAACAAGAAGGCGAACCACAACUUUUCAAUCAAAUUUGUAGGAAAUUUUCCUCCAUGUGUAAACGUGUAUUUUCCAACAAUAGUCUGCGAAAAGGCUACAGUUAUUUUGAUAAUUUAUCUGUAAAUGAUCGAAUCAGAAAGAUUCGUAUUUGGUUUGGUUACACACCAUCACAGCUAGCUGGAAUAUCAGUUUCUUACAUGAUCGGGGAAGAGAAGACCUAUGGAAGUCGUAAAAAUGUCCCAGUGGUGACCUCUGACCAAGACUUCUUCCUAAGAGAGAAUGAAGUGAUUGUAGAGGUUCACUUUUGUAAGACAGCUGUACGGGUUAGGAGUUUGAAGUUCAUAUCAAAUUUUGGAACACAGUAUGGACCUUAUGGGGAGGAGAGAGGAAGCAUACGAAAAGUGAAAGCACCAUCACAAAAUGCUUAUCUUCAUGGCAUUAGGAUGGAAAACAAAUCGAAGGUUUUUGAAAAUUCAGCUUUGGUUAGUUUGAAUGCCCUGUACUUUGACUGGAUUGUGUUUGUUGAACCAAGUAAAAUACGAGACAACAUUGAAGAUGAAGACAUUCAGCUUCAAACAACGAACUGUUGUUCUACAAACUAUGAGUGUGCGGCAGACAUAUAUGAUAGUGAUCCACGUUAAAAGUUAUAUAUCAUGUACAUGAUUUAUGUUGAUAGAUUGGAUAGCUGGAUAGGUGCAUAUUACCGGUUUAUUGUAAAAUGCUACAACGAUGAAAAAGAGGACAACCUGCUUUAUCAAAAUAAGUAUUCUGUUCAUUGUCUUUAUCAUGUUUUUCAUUUUUAUUGUGAUGAUGAAAAUGUAUCUGAAAGGAUUAUUUUUCUAUUUGUCAAUAUUAAAGUUUAGAUUUAACAAAGCUGUAUAAGGCUACUUGCAAAUGACUUGGGGAGUUUAAUCACUUUACAAAGUCCAAAAUGUAUGAAAUUAUUGGAUUUAUUUUAAAUUAAACUUUUAUUACUUUAGUUUUGUAUAAUUAUGAAAAUGGACAUGCAAUAUUUGAUACUCCAGUCCUGUUCUAUUAUCAUGAUUAUGAGCCAUAAUGAAACUGGACACAAAAAUAACCCUCAAAAGAACAUGAUGAAAUUAUAUUUCUUUAACUUGUCAUGCUUGUUGACAGUUAAGGUUUAUAAAUUUAAACUCUCUUGAAUAAUUUUAUACAUUGUCAUAAGUCCAACAAAAAAAAAACAUUU